AGUCAACGCUGGGUCAGACUAGAAACUCGCGAACGGAGUGAAUUGCCGCACAAUCGCGAACCAACCAGAGCAGUUAUUUUGUGGUGGUCACAUCUUUGGAAAAAAACAGAGAUUUUAAUUAAAAUUACUUGUGUCAAGUGAAUAAAGCGUAUCAAAUUAACCUAAACCUGACAUUGAAUAGCCGGAGUCAUCCAGAAUUUAAUUAUCCUAUGAGUGUUUUCACUGAAAAUCGGACAUCAUCCUGAUAAUAAAAUUUAUGCAACGAAAUGCCGAACACCCUCUUGCUAAUCUGUUGCUUUGGGUUAUUAGCAUCAGCAAUCGCUUUACCUGCAACCAGCGAUCAAUUAGACAAGGUGACUGUAAACGACGUGGCGGCCAAUGCCGUUUCGCCUGAAUCGAAAACGGAUGAUAGUAAUGAAAAAAGAGACUCCGCAACUGUUGAAAUAACAGGAAUUACCACUGGAGUUGAAACUCCGGACCCACCAUCCACACCUUUCCAUCCGCAAAGAGCUGGAUCAAUGUUUGCAAGAUUUAUCGAUGAUAUUUUCCAGAUUCCCAUAAAUGUUUUACAAAACGUUGCAAGGCUAAUUACCAGCCCUUUCGUCCAGAAUAAGAAAACACCGGAAGCGACUCCUGCUUCUUGAAAAUUCGAUUUUGUAAAUAGUAUAAUUAGUUAGUUGUUAAGCCCAAUAAAUGUUGUUUUAAUUAAAAAAUUGAGUGUCUCGUUAGUUUUAACGAAGUCUACUUCCGGAGAAGAUAUCUGAAACUGCGUCGACGCACUCUGAAAUUUGUUAUCAGAUUUCAGUUAGACAGAGGUUUGCGUGUGCGAAUGAUGUUGAAUCUUAUCGGUGCUCAACUUUACAAAAAUUCAUGUGGAUUUAAGUGAAGUCAUAAUUCCGCAUGAAGAAUUUUAAUUUGACUGAAAUCGACGCUGAAUUAUUAAUUCCUGUUGAAGGCUAUAUUGCGGCAGCUGUUGUGCUGUUUUGUAUCGGAUUUUUUGGGUUUAGCCUUAAUUUGACAGUUAUUAUUUUUAUGCUGAAAGAGCGACAGUUGUGGUCUCCAAUAAAUAUAAUUCUUUUUAACUUAGUUGUUAGCGAUUUUCUUGUAUCUGUGUUAGGAAAUCCGUGGACGUUUUUUUCGGCAAUUAAUUACAAAUGGAUUUUUGGCAAAACUGGAUGUACCAUUUACGGUUUUAUAAUGUCUCUUUUGGGUAUCACGUCAAUUACGACUUUAACCGUUCUUGCAUUCGAACGUUAUUUAUUAAUCGCCCGACCGUUCCGUAACAAUGCCUUAAAUUUGCGCAACGCUGCUUUUUCAGUCUUCAGUAUUUGGUUAUAUUCAUUAUGUUUAACAAUACCCCCUUUGAUUGGCUGGGGUGAAUACGUCCAUGAAGCCGCCAAUCUUAGCUGUUCAGUAAACUGGGAAGAGAAAAGCUCGAAUUCCACGACUUACAUUUUAUAUUUGUUCGCAUUCGGUCUUUUUCUCCCUCUGGUAGUAAUCACUUUCAGUUACGUAAACAUCAUUUUAACGAUGCGACGAAACGCGUUUCGAGUGGGUCAAGUUUCGAAAGCCGAAAACAAAGUGGCGUACAUGAUUUUCAUCAUGAUAAUUGCCUUUCUAACAGCAUGGUCUCCGUAUGCAAUCAUGGCUCUUAUUAUACAAUUUGGGGAUGCCUCGUUAGUGACUCCGGGCAUAGCGGUGAUUCCGGCAUUGUUAGCCAAGAGCAGUAUUUGUUAUAAUCCUGUCAUUUACAUCGGACUGAAUGCACAGUUUCAACAUGUUUGGUUGCAAAAGUGGAAAAAGAAUCAUAGAGGGAGCGACACUUUGGGGACAUCAAGAAUGAUGCAAACGAUAAAUGAAGACGAAAAAACGGGCAAACUCUUAGGGAAAAAAUUACAAAGAUGUAAGGACUUAGAGACUGAUGUUUCUAUGCUAUAA